AUGGUUGACAACACCGAGAACUACAGCACUUCUUGGUGGAAGUCUGACAUGGUCGAGGCAGCUACUGCCGGAAUCGAUGCUUUUGCUCUGAACAUUGCAGCUGGAUCAAAUAUUACCGAUGCUCAGCUUCCCAACGCCUUUGAUGCAGCCGCAUCGGCUGGGUUCAAACUCUUCUUCUCCUUUGACUACGCUGGGAACGGCGCAUGGGACAAAGCCGACGUCGUUGCUUUGCUGAACAAGUAUGCGCACCACAGCGCCUACUUCCAACACUCAGACUCGACGCCUCUCGUGAGCACGUUUGAGGGCCCUGACAAUGCUGCUGAUUGGGUCGAUAUCAAGGGAUCCGUUGGUUGCUUCCUCAUCCCCGACUGGAGUUCUCUCGGCGCGAAGCCAGCGGUAGCACUGGAGAAUGGUGUUGCAGAUGGUUUGUUCAACUGGUCUCCUUGGUCUUGGGGAGGCGAGUCCAUGGACACCUACACCGAUGCUUCCUACAUCCAAUAUCUCGAUGGCAAGCCUUACAUGAUGGGCGCAUCCCCGUGGUUCUACACGAACCUCCCUGGGUACAGCAAGAACUGGAUGUGGCCUGAUCACACCAUGAAGCUUUGGGGUGAUCGUUGGACGCAGAUCAUGUUCUUACAGCCCGAGUAUGUUGAGAUUGUUAGCUGGAACGAUUUCGGAGAGUCUCAUUACAUCGGCGACAUCAUCGAUACACCUCCCUACCUCAGCAAUGGCUACGCUGCUUUUGACUACAUCACUGGGAUGAAGCAUUACCCUCUGAGAUGGCCUCUUCAGGUCUGGACCGAACAGUACAAGACCGGAAAGGCCACCGUGAAGGAGGAGAGUCUAGUCCUAGAAUAUCUCCUUCACUCUACUGACGGCUGCAGUGAUGGUGGUACUCCCGUCAACACCGCGACUCAGCUCCAGUAUGAGUACUCUGCAGGUGAUGUCCUCGGUGGUGGCAAGUACAUCGGGUACUAUGCCGUCCUUGCAUCUCCCGGAAACAUCAGCAUUUCCGUGGGCGGCAAGAACAUGGCCGGAUCCUGGGCAUCUGAGCCCGCCGGUGGUGUCGGCGUCUUUUACGGAUCGGUCUUUGUCGAGGAUGGUGCAUCUGGAACUGUCGCUGCAUCGAUCAUUCGCAACGACCAGACCGUCUUUGCCUUCACCUCUGACAAGGACAUCGGCGGCUGUGAUGCCGACGGCAAUGCCAACUUCAAUCCUUAUGUUUACGGUGACUUCUCCACCAAGGCUGUCUCGGCGACGGAGACUGCACACGACAUCUCGGACCUCGUCUGCACGGCGGGUACCGGAGCCGAAGGCUUUGCUGGCAUUUGCGCUAUCGUGUGCAAAUAUGGAUAUUGCCCAUCCAGCUCCUGCACCUGCACCAAUAUGGGACUUCAGAAUGUAGAGCCAAAGAUCACCGGAGACGAGGGCCACGCUUUGAGUGAUCCCAACUACGAGGGCCUCUGCAGUUGGGUCUACAACCAUGGAUACACGACUGAGUUUACCAAGUAUUGCACGACGGAGAAGAAGGACCUCAGUGCACCCGCCGUUUCGCCAUUCUUACACAAAGCUUGCACGUCCGGUCAAGCUGGCUCGGAUGAUUCCACGCAGGACCUUUGCGCUUGGGCGUGCGCGUAUGGAUACUGCCCCAACGCAGUCUGCCGAUGCACCGGAACCGGCACGUUGCUCUCCUUAGACGAUGCUUCUGUUCCAAGUGAGGGUGAUGUCGACUAUACUGUCACUUUGGCCGACGACUCCAGCAUGUUCUUGGAAGCCAUCUGCAGCUUUGCCUGCGACUACGGCCUGUGCAUUUGCUACAGUGGCUCCGACGACGGUGAUGGGGAUGGGGCCGCCGAGCCUCCUUGCGACUACUCUCUGACCUUUGACUCUUUGGAGGCUCUGGCUGCCGCCGCCGACUCUUACGAGCCCUACUGUGCCGGGAUGUACGCCUUGGGUGUCUUAUCGAACAACCAUACUGCAACACUCUCCGAAUUCAACGAUGCCAACAACAACUACGACAGCCUCUUCGGGUACUACGUCAAGUACGUCAAGGGACUGGUUGCGCCUAGUAUCUGGAGUUUCAUGAAGUCUGAUGGCUACACCUACUUCACUUGCAACUUCAAGGGCGGUACCAGCACUUUCGACUGCCCCAACCCCAGCACCCUCACCGGCGACUCAUACACGACAAACGUCGAGAUCGAGUGGACUCUCACCAACGAAACGGGCUUCCACGCGGUGUUGGGCACAACUUACGGCGUUGAGCCGGGCUGGGUCAAGUUUGCUGAGCAAGAUAUCACGCCUUACUGCGCGCCGCAGACGGUUCAGGGUCAGCCGAUUGACACGUGCCAUGCCAAACUCGUCAAGAUGGACAACUUCCCCCAACAAGCGGAUGAUAUUACGGUGUCGAACCCCAAGGAUCUCUUCACGGAGGCUGGAGCGAACCUCACGGCUUUGCCUACCAGUAUCGAUGCAACUCUCACAGACCUCAUGCUUGGACAGUGGGGCGGUUCGAUCGAGGACGUAGUCGAUGUCUACACCAUGCCUGUUGCCCUUGCGUUCCAGGCCGUCAAGGCGAUGGAGCAAGUCAAGUCCAUCGGCGAGACGGAGAAAGAAGAGGAACAGAAGAAUCUGAUCCUCCUCAUCGUCACUGUUGUUCUAGCUGUCGUUCCCUUCGUCGGCGAGGAGCUCGCUGGAGCAGCUGGACUAGCGGCGCUGGCAAGAGCCAUUGCGAUCGCGGGCGAAGCAGGAAAUGCCGCAUUCGACAUCUACAGCAUGGUAGACGACCCUUCCAGUAUCGGAUACACGAUCUUCGGUACACUGUUCGGGGCUGCGGGAAUAGCCAGCUCAUUCAGAAAUUCCGACCAUUUCAGCUCUGCGGGAGAGGUACGAAGGGCGAUGGGCGAGGCGAAGGUUGCGCAGAUGGGAGAUACCUUCAAGGGGUAUUCGGAGUUGACGCAGAAGAUUGUCAAGUCGUGUAAACUGUAG